AUGCGUCACACAGCUGUAUCUUGCUGGCAGCCAUUCCUGGGUCUGGCUGUGCUACUAGUCUUCAUGGGCCCCACCAUAGGCUGCCCGGCCCGCUGUGAGUGCUCUGCACAGAACAAGUCUGUCAGCUGUCACCGACGACGUCUAAUGACCAUCCCAGAGGGCAUUCCCAUUGAGACCAAAAUCUUGGACCUGAGCAAGAACCGACUGAAGAGUGUCAACCCUGAGGAAUUCACGUCAUACCCUUUGCUGGAGGAGAUUGACCUCAGUGACAAUAUAGUAGCUAAUGUGGAGCCUGGAGCCUUUAACAAUCUCUUCAACUUGCGCUCCCUGAGGCUGAAAGGAAACCGUCUGAAGCUGGUCCCCCUUGGGGUGUUCACUGGGUUGUCAAACCUAACAAAGCUCGAUAUAAGUGAAAACAAAAUUGUCAUUUUGCUGGACUACAUGUUCCAAGAUCUGCAUAACCUGAAAUCCCUGGAGGUUGGGGACAAUGACUUGGUUUAUAUAUCACACAGGGCCUUUAGUGGACUGCUUAGCCUAGAGCAGCUCACCCUGGAGAGAUGCAACCUCACAGCUGUACCAACAGAAGCUCUUUCUCACCUCCACAACCUCAUCAGUUUGCAUCUGAAACAGCUGAACAUUAACGCUUUGCCUGCAUAUGCCUUUAAAAGACUGUUUCACCUCAAAGACCUAGAGAUAGACACCUGGCCUCUCCUGGACAUGCUACCUGCCAACAGUCUGUAUGGUCUCAACCUUACUUCACUCUCCAUCACCAACACCAACCUGUCUGCAGUUCCUUACUCUGCUUUCAAACAUCUGGUUUACCUGACAAACCUAAAUCUCUCUUACAACCCUAUCAGCACCAUUGAAGCAGGCAUGCUUUCAGAUUUAGUGCGCCUGCAGGAACUCCACAUGGUGGGGGCCCAGCUACGUACCAUUGAAUCACAUGCUUUCCAAGGGCUCCGAUUUUUACGUGUGCUUAAUGUGUCCCAAAACCUGCUAGAAACCCUAGAGGAGAAUGUAUUCCAUGCCCCCAAAAGCCUUGAGGUCCUCUGCAUUAACAACAAUCCUCUGGCUUGUGAUUGCCGUCUCCUUUGGAUUUUACAGAGGCAUCCCACUUUGCAGUUUGGAGGCCAGCCACCCAUGUGUGCUGGCCCAGACAGUGUCAAAGAGAGGUCAUUCAAAGACUUCCACAGCACAGCUCUUUCCUUUUACUUCACCUGUAAGAAGCCCAAGAUACAAGACAAGAAGUUGCAAUACCUGGUAGUGGAGGAAGGGCAGACAGUACAGCUGCUGUGCAAUGCUGAUGGGGAUCCACAGCCCACCAUAUCAUGGGUCACCCCACGGCGGAGGCUGAUCACAACUAAAUCAAAUGGAAGAGCCACUGUGCUGGGAGAUGGCACCUUGGAGAUCCGAUUUGCUCAAGAUCAAGACACUGGGAUAUAUGUUUGUAUUGCAAGUAACGCAGCUGGGAAUGACACCUAUUCAGCCUCUCUUACAGUAAAGGGGUUUACUUCAGACCGUUUCCUUUACGCCAACAGGACCCCUAUGUAUAUGACAGACUCCAAUGACACAAGUUCCAAUGGAACUAAUGCAAACACCUUCUCUCUGGACCUUAAGACAAUAUUGGUGUCCACAGCCAUGGGCUGUUUCACAUUCCUUGGAGUGGUUUUAUUUUGUUUCCUCCUUCUUUUUGUGUGGAGCCGAGGGAAAGGCAAACACAAAACCAGCAUUGACCUUGAAUAUGUCCCUCGCAAAAACAAUGGUGCUGUGGUUGAAGGAGAGGUUGCUGGACCACGAAGGUUCAAUAUGAAAAUGAUUUGA